CCCGGGUAUAUAUGCCAAUCAGAGUGAAGCAGAAACCCUACCAGAGGGUUUAGCAAAAUGGGGGAUGGCGAUGACUACAAGUUCUUGAAGAUAAGAGACGCCGUUGCUUCAAUCAAUCAGCGGGUGAACCUCAUCGGCGUGAUCAUUGAGUUCAGUGCUCCAAGGCAAACCAAGGGAACUGAUUGCUGUUGUACAUUAAGAAUAAUUGAUGAAUCACAUCCAAAAGAUGGGAUUUCAGUUAAUGUUUUUGAGGAAAGCAUGGACAAGCUCCCUCACAUCGCAUCAGCUGGCGACAUAAUUCAGCUUUCUCAUGUUGUGAUGAAAACCCAUGGUUGGGAAGUGAAUGCUGUUUUCAAUAAGAAGUUUUCUUCUUUUGCUCUAUAUGGAGGGAAAGAAAGUGAAAACUUACGUCCUUAUCAAGUUUCUUCAAAAUUUCGCCCAAGAGAGCUGGACAAGAAGUUCAUAGAGGGCCUAAGAAAAUGGUUUGUAAAUUUUCAGCUUGAUGAAGGGUCGACUGACUUCUUGUUUUUGAGAGAAAUCAAGGAAGGGCAACGGGUUAAUUUGGCAUGCAAGAUAGUUCAUAUCAGUGAGGUUGCUAAAGAUGAAUGGAUGACGUAUCUUUGGGAUGGAACUGAUGCUCCACCAAUUAGACCUACAAAGCUAGAAGAUGAACAGAAUAACCCGCUUCCUUUACAAUUGGAACCCCUAUCCUUGCCAAGAGAUCUGUUAUGUACUUUUCCUACUGUCGGAACCAUCUUAAGGGUGAUCUUCCACCAAGGCAUUCAGAAGCAUUACCUUGACUUGCUGCAUGUUGGGAAAUGGGUAAAAUUUGUGAAUGUUCUCUGUGAAGUGCAUUCAGGAUUAUGGCUUGGUGUGUUGACACAUUUCACGAAGCUUCGAUGUAGUCAGAAUGAGGACCAUCUAAUAUCAACACGCCAAAGGUUAUAUGAUGAGCGGUUAUCAUUGGAGUGGGGACGGAUUCCAUACUGGUGCUUUCCGUGGGCACGCCUUACAGAAGUUGAUUAUGAUCGUGUGCCAUUUGUUACACUCAUGGAUGUUCUUACUUAUAGAGAGGUAACAGCUAAAUUCAAGUGUGUAGCUCGAGUAGUAGCAGUACUUCCAUGGCAGGCUGAGGACUUCUGCUCUCCACUUGGGACUUACAGGAUCAGGCUGACCCUGGAGGAUCCGACUGCUAGAAUCCAUGCUUUUUUGUUUGGUGAAGAUGGGGAGAAAUUUUUUGGUGGGUAUCCCUCCGUUAACGUAUUGAAACUGAAGCUAAACAAGUUGCUUGGAAUAACAGUAAGUUAUACUGGCAAGGAGGUAGAAAAUGCUUUGAGAAAUCCCCCUUGGGCACAGUUUUGCCUGAAAUCUUACUACCUGUCUAAAAAUGAUGUUUGGGGGAGUAGACACUAUCGAAUCUUUGGCACCAAGCUGGAGUAAGGAGUUCUACAAGCAUUGUCAGAUCGUUUCUCUCUACUUUUUUUCCUUACUUCAUGCUAGUAACUGCGGCUGAACUGGGCAUUGUUUUGUAUAUGCUAUAUUAUCCUGUUUACAUAACUGUAAAUAAAUUGGGGCAUUUCGUUUUAA